AAAAUAUAGUUGGGGAACGGGUCGACCACCAGUUCCACUGAACCCAUGAAAGUAUCAUUGAAUGAGAAAGUGGUGGACAUAUCGUGCGGUGUUUACCACACACUGGCCCUCACAAAUGUGGGACAUGUAUAUGGCUGGGGUCAUAAUAGUCAUGGAGAGUUAGGCAAUGGCACGACUACUCACCUACCCCUCCCACUUAGAGUGAAGGGCGCUCUCGGAUCGUGUCGUGUUGUGUCCAUCGCUUGCGGAUACGUUCAUUCAAUGGCGGUGUCGGACACGGGAGCUGUCUUUUCAUGGGGCCAUAAUGGAAGUGGACAGUUGGGUUUAGGACACCAAACAGACCAAACCAUUCCAGUGCUAAUCACACAUUUAGACCACAUAUCCAUAUGUCGUGUGGUUUGCGGUCAUAAUUACACAAUGCUUUUAUCCAAAGAUGGGAUAAUCUAUAGGUUUGGAUGUUGCAAUGCGGGACAGUUGGGCACCGGUAACACCACCAACCAAUCAACGCCUAUUCAGUUAGACAACAGUUUGGGUCCAUUUCGUGAUAUCGCGGCAAAUAUGAGGACUAAUAUAUCGGCCGCUAUUACAAUGGAUGGUGUGGGCUAUGUAUGGGGUGGAUGUCAGCCCCCAAACGGGACUAUAUUACAGCCAAUGAAGACGACAUAUGACUCAUUACACGACAUAUUCGCUGUCUUCUCGACGCCUACCAUUACCUAUAAAUCUGUUGUAUUGAGUGAUGUGUCCGACAGUGAGUCAACAAUUUUGGACACCAAACCAGUUAUGGCUCAUUUGAAUGAGGCUUUCGACGACCCAAACACCAGUAGCUUUAAGAUCAUAGUCGAAGGAAAACCUAUUCACGUCCACAAAGAUAUACUCCGCAUCCGAUGCCAACACUUCCGGUCUUUGUUUGCCAAUUGGAUCGAACGGGAAAAACAGGAGCUGGCGUUGACUCAAUACUCGUAUGGCGUGUAUAAGUCAUUCCUGCGAUACCUAUACACGGGUGAGGUAUGUGUCGCACCGGAAGAUGGUAUCGAGUUAUUAGAUUUGGCCGAAUCUUACUGCGAGACUGACCUCAAGGAUAGGAGUGUCCGACUUAUACGGAAUGGUAUUACAGUCGACAACGUUUUACGUGUAUAUACGGCUUCACUUAAGUAUGAGGUCCCGGAACUGGAGGAACUCUGUUUUAGCUAUGCUUUGGCACAUCUGACUCAAGUCACACAAUCCAAGGCCUAUCUGGAAAUGGAUCCCAUUAUAUGUAGGGAUUUCAUCGUUAAGGCCUCAGCGAAGGGUGCUUUCAAACACUGA